GCUACUUCCUCUCUCAAGCCCAUAGGUGUUGUAGAGCAACUCAACUAGCAAUGGCUUCCAAGAGUACAAUGCGUUCCCUUGUCCUCAUCAUGGGGCUCCUGCUGCUCUCGUGUAGCGGCAUGAGCAGCGCGGCGCGGCUGCUGGAGGAGAUGGCGCCCAAGGAGGAGUACCCGCACCCUGAAGUGCCAGAGCUGCCCAAGCCUGAGCUCCCGCCGCACCCUACGGUGCCGGAACUCCCUAAGCCUGAUGAGCUACCGCCACAUCCGGUCGUGCCGGAGCUGCCAAAGCCUGAGGUGCCAGUGCACCCCGCCGUGCCGGAGUUGCCGAAGCCCGAGAUACCGCCACAUUCGACCGUGCCUGAGCUGCCGAAGCCCGAGAUGCCGGAGCUACCAAAGCCUGAGGUGCCUGAGCACCCCGCCGUGCCGGAGCUGCCGAAGCCCGAGCUUCCUCCUCACCCCACCGUGCCUGAGCUACCAAAGCCCGAGGUGCCGGAGCUGCCAAAGCCUGAGGUGCCUGAGCACCCCGCCGUGCCGGAGCUGCCGAAGCACGAGCUUCCUCCUCACCCCACCGUACCUGAGCUACCAAAGCCCGAGGUGCCGGAGCUGCCAAAGCCUGAGGUGCCUGAGCACCCCGCCGUGCCGGAGCUGCCGAAGCCCGAGCUUCCUCCUCACCCCACCGUGCCUGAGCUGCCGAAGCCCGAGGUGCCCGCGCACACCGCGGUGCCGGAGCCGGAGCCGGAGCUGCCAAAGCAUGAGCUGCCACCUCUACCUGAACCCGAGUUGCCAUUGCCACCAAAGGCCGAGAGCCACUACCCGGUGCCAGGGAUGGCCAAGCCGUGAUCGGCCUAGCACUACCCGGAGGCCGGAGCUAGAGAUGAUCACGAUGUGAUCGGCCUGUAUUAGUGAACACUUCAUGUAUAUGUAUUUACGUACGCAUGCUUUAUAUUUUAUACUUUGAUGUCUGCAUGCGAUGUUGUGGACGUGCCCCAUGCACACAACUCGCUAGGAGCGUGAUGAUGUUUGCAGUUAUUGCAGUAGUGUAUUUGUAUUCCCUUUGUAAUUUUGUAUGUAACUACUAGUAUAGUGCCCGUGCGUUGCGACGGCAACGACAUGUAAAUUGUUCGAUAAAAUAUUAGUUCACAAUGAUUACAAUAUUUUAUGACG